AUGAAGACAAAGAUCUUUCCUUUCCUUGGGUUACUAUAUGUUGCGUGUUCUUGUGCUUUCCCAGUUGUUCCAGAAAAGGAAAAAGAAGAUAUGCAAUUUGCUAAGAAAUAUCUGGAAAAUUUUUAUGAUUUUAAAGAAGAGAAAGAUUCUCUCUUUAAAUCGAAGAACCUCAAUCACAUGGCUGACAAAAUCCGAGAAAUGCAGUCAUUCUUUGGGCUAGAGGUGACUGGGGAGCUGAAUCACAAGACGCUGGACAUGAUGAAGCAGCCUAGGUGUGGAAUACCAGAUGUCCGUUCAUACAGCACCUUCCCACAGAGCCCUAUGUGGAAGAAAGAAGAUGUGACAUAUCGGAUUUUGAACUACACUCCAGACAUGCUACAAGCUGAUGUAGAGGAAGCAAUUGCAAAAGCCUUCCAGCUCUGGAGCAGUGUCACCCCUUUGAGAUUCACCAGGCUCUACAGUGGUCAAGCAGAUAUAAUGAUCUCCUUCGCAGCUGGAUUUCAUGGUGACUUCUAUUCCUUUGAUGGUCCAGGAGGAACGCUGGCUCACGCCUACCCCCCCGGCAAUGGGAUAGGAGGAGAUGCCCACUUUGAUGAAGAUGAAAACUGGACCAAAUUUACUACCUAUAAUGGAUACAACUUAUUUCUCGUUGCUGCUCAUGAGUUGGGCCACUCACUAGGUCUUGGUCAUUCCAACGUUUUCGGUGCUUUGAUGUAUCCUAUAUAUAUGCCCAGGGAUACGAGGGACUACAGGCUUCCUCAGGAUGAUAUCGAUGGCAUUCAGGCCCUCUAUGGAUCCCCCAGGGAGCCUCCUGCGCCUCCAACAAAAGCUUUUCCCCCACAAGAACCAACUGAAACGACACCUGCAGAAGCACCAACUGAAAUGUCACCCCGGGAAGAAACGACACCCUCCAAAACCCCCACAAGACCAGAGGACUGUGACCCUCAUUUGACUUUUGAUGCCAUAACCACUCUCCGUGGGGAAAUACUGUUCUUCAAAGGCAG